GUCAGGGAUAGGCCAAUGGGGUGUGGCGUUCCUCCAGGCUCAUCCAAUAAGCUAUCAUACGCUUCCGUGUCAACCAAUGGGGCUUCGAGUGAGCUGUCGGGUGAAACAGGUCCCACCUUCUGUGCCUCAGCGAGCUUGAAGGAGAAAGCCGGGUUUGGAGAGUGUGGCGUCUCAGGGCGUUUCUUCAGCACCAGUAUAUUCUUAUCCUGCCAAUUCUUACAAACGUCUCUAAAAGAAGCCAUGGGAGCCUGUCACUUUCAGGGUCUGCUGCUCCUCUUUCUUGUAGGAGCUCCGACCUUGAUCAUGGCACAGAAAUUGUUUUGUCAAAAGGGUACUUUUGUGGGUAUCCAAGAGGAUCGAGCAAACACGUUCAACUGGACCUCAGAGAAAGUUGAGACUUGUGACAAUGGGGCAUUGUGCCAGGAAAGCAUCCUGCUGAUCAGAGCUGCAGGGACCAAGGCAGCUAUUUUGGCCACUAAGAGCUGCAGCUUGGAUGGGACACCGGCAAUAACAUUUAUCCAGCAUGCUGCAGCCCCGGGCCUAGUUGCAAUCUCUUACAGUAACUACUGCGAGGAUCCCUUUUGCAAUAACAGAGAGGGAUUAUAUGAUAUAUGGAGGACACAAGAGACUGAAGAAGAAACCCAAGGGACAACAGGCCUCCGCUGCCCCACCUGUCUGGCUCUGGGAUCCUGUUUGAGUGCUCCUUCUCUUGCCUGCCCCAACAAUACAGAUCGAUGCUAUCAAGGGAAACUUGAGGUCUCUGAAGGAAACAUCAACUCAGUUUUGGAGAUCAAAGGCUGUACAUCCAUCAUUGGUUGCAGGCUGAUGGCUGGGGUCUUUAAAGUGGGACCCCUGUGGGUGAAGGAAACUUGCCCCUUCAGGUCCAUCUCGGCCCGAAAGGUUGACAGUGGGGCCACGUGUUUUCACACUUCAGUUUGGAAGUUAAAGCUACUGCUGAUGCUGUUACUGCUUGUCCUUGGAGGGAGUGCUUCUGGUCCCUAAUCACCUCUUCAGACUGGUCAUCAGCAGCUUGAGCAGGUGGAGAUUUGAAGAGCAGUUCCUGUGAAUGUAUUUGACAUUUCUAAUAAAGUUUCUGCUGUAAUUUGUAUAUGCCUCAA